UCCCUUCUCUUUCCUUUCUCCUCCUUUCCUUUCCUUUCCUUUCCUUUCCUUUCCUUUCCUUUCCUUUCCUUUCUCCUCCUUUCCUUUCCUUUCCUUUCCUUUCCUUUCCUUUCCUUUCCUUUCCUUUCCUUUCCUUUCCUUUCUCCUCCUUUCCUUUCCUUUCCUUUCCUUUCCUUUCCUUUCCUUUCCUUUCCUUUCCUUUCCUUUCCUUUCCUGUCCUGUCCUGUCCUGUCCUUUCCUUUCCUUUCCUUUCCUUUCCUUUCCUUUCCUUUCCUUUCCUUUCCUUUCCUCUCCUCUCCUCUCCUCUCCUUCUCCCUUCUCUCCUUCCUCCCCUCUCUUCUUCCCUUCCCUUCCCUUCCCUUCCCUUCCCAUUUCUCUACUUCUCGCUUCUCUUUCCUUUCCUUCCCCCCCCCCAUCUGCCCGUUUAACCUUCAGCUUUGCCAAGAUGUCAGUCUCUGGAAAAAAGGAAUUUGAUGUGAAGCAGAUCUUGAGACUUCGCUGGAGAUGGUUCAGUCAUCCGUCUCAGAAUGCCACCAGCCCCGGAGUCUGGUUGCAACAGGAAGGAUAUGAGCACCGAGGGACCGCAGUUCAAAACAGGCUGAAGAAUCACUCCUGGGACAGGAGUCGGCUGAAAAAGAACAGCAGCCCUCUUCAUCCCAAUCUCUUGGCGCCAGGUCCCAGCCUGACCCCUUUACCCCACCAGCCGGCUUCUACCUGUCCCCAGCAGAACCUUCCCGCGUCUCUGCAGGUAUCCGAGGAGACACCGAAAACAACAGAUAGCCCAGAUCUGGCUGAGAAAAGAGAGGGCCACGAAAGCAGCCAGGAGUUACAGAUGAUUACAGAAGAAAAUACCGAGUUGGUCAAAAGGCUAUCGGUGAGCAGCUCCUCCUCCUCCUCCAUGGGGGUGAACAGUAAUGGAGCUGAUACCUGUUUUCAUUCCGCAAACCAUGCCGAGCAAACCUUCCGCAAGAUGGAAAACUAUCUCCAGCAGAAACAGCUCUGCGAUGUCCUUCUCAUUGCCGGAGAGCACAAGAUCCCAGCUCACAGGCUGGUUUUGAGCGCCGUAUCCGAUUAUUUUGCGGCAAUGUUCACCAAUGACGUCCGCGAAGCAAAACAAGAGGAAGUCAAAAUGGAAGGUGUAGAUCCGGAUGCCCUGAAGGACCUUGUGCUCUAUGCCUACACAGGCAUGCUGGAGCUCAAAGAAGAUACCAUUGAGAGCUUGUUGGCCGCAGCUUGUCUUCUCCAACUUUCACCAGUCAUUGAGGUCUGCUGCAAUUUUCUCAUGAAGCAACUUCAUCCUUCAAACUGCUUGGGAAUCCGGUCCUUUGGAGAUGCUCAAGGAUGCUCAAAACUCUUACAAGUGGCCCAUGUGUACACUAUGGAACAUUUCACCGAAGUCAUAAAGAACCAGGAAUUUCUCUUACUUCCUGCUGGUGAAGUUGCGAAGCUGCUUUCCAAUGAUGACAUUAACGUCCCAGGCGAAGAAUCCAUCUUCAAGGCAUUAAUGAUAUGGGUUCAACAUGAUUUAGACAAUCGGCAACAUGAUCUUGGAAUGCUUCUGUCUUAUAUAAGGUUGCCCCUUCUUCCUCCGGAGCUUUUAGCCGAUCUGGAAAACAGCCCCAUGUUCACGACUGAUCUUCAGUGCCAGAAACUCUUAAUGGAAGCCAUGAAAUACCACCUUUUACCAGAAAGGAGAUCAAUGAUGCAGAGUCCACGGACAAAACCCAGGAAGUCCACCGUUGGUUCUCUUUAUGCUGUGGGAGGCAUGGAUGCCACUAAAGGCACCACCACCAUUGAGAAAUAUGACUUGAGAACCAACAGCUGGAUACAAAUUGGGAUGAUGAGUGGGAGGCGGCUGCAAUUUGGAGUUGCUGUGAUCGACAACAAACUCUACGUGGUGGGAGGAAGAGAUGGCUUGAGGACAUCCAAUACCGUUGAAUGUUUCAACCCGAUAACUAAAGUCUGGACUGUGAUGCCCCCAAUGUCAACUCAUAGGCAUGGCUUAGGGGUGGCAAUGCUUGAAGGGCCCAUGUAUGCUGUUGGGGGCCAUGAUGGAUGGAGUUAUCUAAACACAGUUGAACGAUGGGACCCCCAGGCUCGGCAGUGGAAUUACGUGGCAAGCAUGUCAACUCCAAGGAGUACGGUGGGAGUUGCAGCUUUGAAUAGCAAGUUGUAUGCCGUUGGAGGGCGUGAUGGAAGCUCCUGCUUGAAAUCCAUGGAGUGCUUUGAUCCCCACACAAACAAAUGGAGCAUCUGCAACCCAAUGUCCAAGAGACGCGGAGGAGUCGGCGUGGCAACCUACAAUGGGUUUCUCUACGCUGUGGGAGGCCACGAUGCUCCUGCUUCAAAUCACUGUUCUCGGCUCUCUGAUUGUGUAGAAAGGUAUGAUCCAAAAACCGACACUUGGACCACUGUCGCACCUUUGAGUGUUCCUCGCGAUGCUGUUGGGAUUUGUACACUGGGAGAUAGAUUGUACGCUGUCGGUGGCUACGAUGGACACACCUAUUUGAAUACAGUAGAAUCUUACGAUGCACAAAACAAUGAAUGGACAGAGGAAGUCCCGGUCAAUGUCGGAAGAGCUGGUGCCUGUGUGGUAGUUGUGAAACUUCCAUGAUGAACGUCUUCAGGUGUGAGUACCUAGCCAAGCACAGCUCCUCUGAGCAACCCUGACCGAAGGGGAGAGCUUAUAUCCUUCAACAGAAAGACUUUUCAUGCUGCUUUCAUUUCAGAAGAACGGGAAACCAAAGUACGGGAACAACAAUUUCUUAAAUUCCAAAGAUGGGCUCUACACAGCUUCCAUCAUCUAUGGUGGCGGACACCUCAGUUCAGAGGGCAGCGCUGGGGACAUCAUGUGCUUUUAUUUCAUUCUUUUUUUCUUUUUUUUAAAGAGAGCAAGAUGUCUACUUGAAAACAAUCCCCAUUUCUGUGUCGGGCACAGCCACACGAGCGACCUACUUUCUACUUGGCCUGAAGAAACAGGCAGAUGGCCAGUUCGCUUCCUGAACUUUGAACUUCCCCUCAUUGCUGGAAAAAAUUGUUCCUGGCUUAUCUUGGCAGCUCUAGAAAGACUGGAUUUCGACACCCUUUGAUUUUUCCACAAUGCCGCCGAUCUUGAGACACGAUUGGGCAUUGUGGGGAAUGAAAAGAGUUGACGAAAAGCAGAUAAUUUGGCAUCCGAUCACCACAGCAAGACAGGUUCACCGAUGGAUGGAGAACCACUAGCACAGGGGUCGGCAACUUUAAACAUUCAAAGAACGACAAAAGUCCUAACCAGAAGACCCCCAUUCAAUUCUGGAGCUGACUGGAAGUCUGGUUCCCGCACCAUAGAGUCUCCUCCUAGCAUGAUGUCCUUUUUCCUCUGCCGACCAGAAAUCCUGUUUUCCCACCAUAGAGUCUCCUCCUAGCACGGCGUCCUUUUUCCUCCAUCUGUCCUAACUGAAAGCCCUAUCAAUUGGGGAGCCGACGGGUGACAGGGAAGCCACCAGAGAGGGAUGAAAGAGCCACCUGCGGCUCCAGAGCUGCAGGUUGCUGACCUCUGCACUAGAAGAUUCUUUGACCUGGACUUAUUUUUUGGGGGGAUAACCCUCCUCUCUGGACUCCUGAGGCCAUCAGAACUGAAGGCUCAUGAAAUUUCCUAUGACUGGAUGUAAGGCACAGAUCUUUUCUUGCCAUUCCCAAGACCAAAUUGCGAGGAAAAGUUGUGAUGUGAUUUCAAGAGUGGUUUGCUGGGGGGAAAAAACACACCAUUUUGACAGAUUUUCAAUAUGUAAGGGAAGACCCUGCAAUUGCUGAGAUAAAGUAAUUUUCUGUACCUCAAAAUAAACCAGAAAAGCAGUAUCAGUACAAGUCAAGCUGGCAUUUCUAAAAUCCCUAAACUCCAGAUCAUACCUGGUAAUGAUGACGGCGGCCCAGUGGCUUUUAUUCUCUUAAAAACCAGUUUAAUGAUCUAAAAACCUCCAUAAUAGGUAGAUCUGUUCUUUCUUUCUUUUUUCUUUUCCCAAGAUCACAGUUGACAUUGAAAGAAAUUAUUUUUGAUCAUUUGGAUGUCGAUGAGAACCUGCAAGUGCAAACCUACACCCAGGGGUGGGCUGCUGGGGGUUCGCAGGGGUUCGGGAGAACCCCUAGCUAUGAUUCUGGGUGGUUCAAAGAACCCCCAAAUCUCACUCCUAGAUGGCCCCACUUAUCCCACCCCACCCCUCUCAGGAGUCCACACAUGGCCCGAUUUGGAUGCAGGUAAGUGCAGGGCACGGGCGGAGGCUCGGGGGGUGGGAACGGGCCUAUCAGAAGUUCGGGAAGUCUGGAGAGACUGCUUUCGCCCUCCCAGAGGCUCAAGGAAAGAUUCCGGAGCCUGGAGAGGGCAAACCACCCUCGCCAUAGUUCAGGAGGCUGACUAGGCCACGCCCACCAUGGCCACGCCCACCCAGCAACCAGGCAGAGAACCCCUUGCUAAAAUUUUUGAAGCCCACUCCUGCCUACAGCUAAUGAUAGUUUGUAGCUCAAGGUAUAGGCACAAAUAUAUAUUCAAGAGGAACAAAACCAUAAUUGCAAAGAAAAAAAAAGGAGGUUUGCAAACAGCUUACAUGCAUAAAUCUAUACUUUUGGAGAUUUGCACCUGAAAAUGUAUCAUGCAAGUUCCCUUCGGAUAAAUAUCUAUUAAUGAGGAAAUGGGUCCACUCACUAUUAUUAGAAUAAGAGGAGAAAUAAAAGUAUCUGCAUUGAUACUGCAUUGAUACUAGCCAGACAUACUUUGAAUGAUCUCACUGAAGAAUUCCACAAUCAGAGCAAAUAUUUGUACGAUAAAAAACUCUGCAGGGAAACAACCUUGUUUUCCUUUUAAAACUAACAAAGUCUUUCGGGAAACUAUGAAUUUGUCGGUGGUGUCCAUUUUUUUCUUGAAAUACCUGUCUUCAAUAUGAAGAGACUAGGAUAUCUCUAGGAUUGGAUUGUAAACGUGGUUCCUUGAGCGGCGUAAUGGUGAAGACACUUGUCUCCCACUUGGAAGGUUGAGAGUUCGAUCCUAGGUAGCGGCAAACGUUUCUUUCCUAGGUCGCGAAGAGAAAAUAUUUGCUGUGAACUCCACAUAGGCAUCAGGAAGAGCAUCUGGCCAGUAAAUGCUCAGCCCCACCCAGUCAACCCAAUCCACCCUGAGUUAAGGGACUAGGAAUGUAAAAACAACAAAACAAAUGUAAAUGGGGUUCCUUAGAACCAACAAUUAAGCCAUUUCUGAAAAAGACAAAGGGGGAAAAAAAAGAUAUUUCUAAUGCAGGCAGAAUCAGAUCACAAGCAGCAUUGACGUUCCAAUUUUCAUAUUGCCUUGGCUGGACAAAUCCAUUUAUCAGAUAUAUUUUAAGCCAUUUGUCUUUCUCUGGAAUAAUCACUACAGGUUAAGGCUCUGUUGCUGACACGGCAUUAAUACAAUCCACUUUUAUGGAAUUGCAACUUAUACACAAACACACCGCAUCAUAUUGAUAUGACUACGACGCCAGCUAUGGAUUGUCAAUUCAAAGAGGCAGACAGGAGUGUAGACUAGAAGAGACACAAGGGCUCGCUUUGUUGUCUUUAUCUUUUAAUGGGAAAAAGUGUUAGCAAUGGAUGGAGAGAAGCAACCCAGG